AUGUUUAAAGGAGUUGGAUUGUUACGUUUUGUCAGACAUGCAUCUACCAAGAAAUUUGUUGUUGAAAGAAGUCAAACAAAGUUAAGUAACCAGAAAUGGGUUCCAUGGGCUAUUUUUGGUGGUAGUUUUGCUACAGGUUGGUUUUUUACCCAACAUAUGACUUUUACAGACCUAAUUGCCUAUUGGAGAUAUGAUAAAUUACCAAGGAGUAGUGAAGAAGUUCAGAAGUAUGAAGCUGACUUGACUAAUAGGUUGCAUAGAUUACCAAUUGUACAGCAAUUGUCUAACUCUGGGUACAGUGAAGUGUUUCCUAUUGGUAGAGAUAGUAAAGUCGGUGAUAAUAAAUUGAUUGAUAAGACCUUAGCUACACCAGGUGGCAUUGCAAUUCCACCUAAAUUUUAUUAUAAUCCUGAAACUAAGGAAACUAUUGGUAUAUAUCAUUUGGGUAUGAAACUUACUGGGUAUCCAUUCAUUGUUCAUGGUGGUAUGCUAGCUACGGUUAUGGAAGAUCAAAUGCGUGAAAGUGUCAAGUUUAUCAAGAACAAAGAAGGAGAAAAAAUCAAAGAUCUAACCGUGUCCUACAAGUUACCAACGCUGGCUAACCAAUUUGUAGUUGUUAGAACUACAAAAGUAGAAGAGUUUGGUAAAAAUGUUAAAUUAACAGUUGAGGUGAUGGACCAAACCGGUAACAGAAAGUUAGUUGAAGGCCGUGGUACCUUCUCCACCUAA